CUGGCGUCACUUUCUGCGGCUGCCGCCGUCGGCGUCCGGCGGCCCCGCGCUCCGGCGGCCGCGGGUAGUGGCGGCGGCUCUGGGGCCGGCGGCGCGUCCGGAGCCGGUUGGCGGUCUGAAGACGACUGCUCUUCCUUCAAAAGUAACGUGCCACAGUCUUCCUGGCCAAUGAUUCUUCUACAGCAAGCAGGACUUCUUCCUCAUCCUGAGAAGCCUUCAUCUCUUCCUAUGUCACUGGCUACAAGGCCAAGAGCCAACUCACCGCUCUCCCCACCAAAAUCUGUCGGACUGGGGCCUUCCUUUCAUCACGCACAAGAAGAAGAGCUUGCAAAGGUGGUGGAGCAGGACCCUAUGCUGGAGGAACUAUGUAAGCCUCUGUGCUGUAAGCUUUGCAAUGUCACUCUGAAUUCAGCACAACAAGCCCAGGCUCAUUAUCAGGGUAAAAACCAUAGUAAGAAACUCCGAAACUACUAUGCUGCCAAUAGCUGUCCAGCACCUGCCAGAAUGAGUAAUUCGGUUGAGCCUGCCCCACCUCAGGUUGUCUCCAUUCCAGCUCAGAUGGGAUCCAGUAAACCAGGUGGCCGAGUGAUCUUGGCCACAGAGAAUGAUUACUGCAAGCUUUGUGAUGCCUCGUUUAGUUCUCCGGCUGUGGCCCAGGCUCAUUACCAAGGGAAAAAUCAUGCCAAGCGGCUGCGUCUUGCAGAAGCACAGAAUAACUCAUUCUCGGAUGCGUCAGAACUAGGCAAACGGAGGGCAAGGAAAGAAGGGAAUGAAUAUAAGAUGAUGCAGAACAGAAGAAAUAUGUAUACAGUUCAAAACAACACAGGUCCCUAUUUCAAUCCCCGCUCACGCCAGAGGAUUCCUCGGGAUCUGGCCAUGUGUGUCACCCCCAGCGGCCAGUUUUACUGCUCCAUGUGCAAUGCUGGGGCCAGUGAGGAGAUGGAGUUCAGACAGCACUUAGAAAGCAAACAGCAUAAAAGCAAGGUGUCCGAACAGCGGUAUAGGAACGAGAUGGAGAACCUAGGCUAUGUACAAUGACACGCCACCCUCGGUAGUAGUUUGCAAAUAGAGCAGCUUGUCUCUCGCCUGCUGUUUGCCACAUGCCCUGCUUUGUGCUCCAUUUGAUAGGAGUAUGCUCUCGAGCUAUACAUGUAACACCUGCAAACUUAAUGGUAUGGUUAGAUUUUUUUUCUAUCAUAGUUGGCAGGAUGACGCUGUGCAGGACAUGAAGCGUUUUGAUGUUUGUUUGCUAGUUAUCUGAGGCUCUUCAUUGUAUCGAGUGGGGGGACUCUGUCUUCUCCUCAGCCUUCUGCAUGAAUAUGCAAAGCCCAAGAAGUGCUGGGAACUUCUCUGAUUCAGCCACACAGGUGGACCUUGUGCAAAGCCCACUCCCCCCUUGGCAUGCCAGAGAGCAGUGCUCCUGAAUGUCCCGCUAGAGCAAGGUGAAUCUCUGGGCAGCUUGGAAGAGAGGGACGGGAAUGGGGCCUGUGAAUGUGUUUUUAGACGGUUUACUUGUCCACAAAUUGCUGCUGUGGCCCCUAUUACAGCCCACAGGAAGUUCUUCCCACAUCCCUGUAGAAAGACUGCGCACACCUCUCAUCCUUGGAUGGUCUUAUUUCCUUCUCCUUCCUCUGUGUUGAAGACUUCAUUCUAAGAUCUGACAUUAGUUAUCGGCUGGUUAGCCACAUCCAGGAAUGCUCUGUUCUACCAAACGGCUAAUAGAGAAGAAAGAUUUUUCAGUGCUGUAGUUGGCUGGACACCUUAGUACACCAUGGGUGUAGUUCACCUCUCUGGGGAGAGCCUCUGUGUGUCACAGUGGUCUAACGGAGUGAAUCAGAAAGCAAACCUACUCAGAUUGGGUGUGCUCUGCUCUGAUUCAGUGUUAGACUGUGUAGGGUUGAGGAUGGGUUGGAGGGAGCUGUCAGCUGUAAUUUCUUUGCAUACUGAUGUAGAAGAGGGCAGGUGUUGGUCUGCGGCCUGCAGCUCUAUUGCUAUAGAAGAGCAGGGCUGCCUGGACUUUAGGGAGCAGGUAUCAGCUGUUUCCCACUUCCAUGCUGUUCCCUCCAACUAAGCCCAAUGGGUGUUACAGAGGUGAGGUGAAAUGCUCCCUUGAACCUGAGCUACCAAUAUUGAAUGAAUUCAUUUUUUCUCCCCAUCUCAGACUGGGUUUUAAUUCCGCUUCUUGAUGUGGACAUCACUGUUUCAGGGACCACCUAAACUCCAAAGCUAGGCAGGAUGUAGUUGUUGGGUGUGACAGUUGUUUGAGUAACAGUUUCUUGGCCAAGCAGAAUUAUUCAUGAGACUUGUUAAGCAAAUCUUUAAGUGUAGAGAAACCCAAAGGGUGUGUAUCUGUGUUGAUUUUCCUUAGAAGUAGUGGAAAGGGGAUAAAAAGCAGAAGUAGGGCUGCCAUUUAUUUUUCUACUCAUUUGGGUAGGUGUUAGGAGCUGUGAUUGGAAUCCAAUUCACAAUGUUUCUAGAACAUUGGCUCCAGCAGCAAGUGCAGCAUGUAGCUAGCCUCCUUUGGACCUGAUUUACCACUGUGCUGCUACAGCUCUACACUGGUAUAGCUUCCUUGACUUCAGUGGCAGGUGCAGAGAGGCAGUAAAGGAAGCUUCACGGCUUGUCUCCCACUCCUCUUUAGGCAGUAGGUUGAAUUAGAUGCAGCUCCAUUGAUUUCAGUAGCACUUUGCCAGGGAUAAAUUUGCCCCAAAGUGUGUGAUGUUGAAGGUAGUCCACCCCCCUCCUUUUUUUUUUCUUCUUUUUUCUUGCCAUUCUGAUCCUGCCUCUUGCAUUCCAGAAGGCUUUUCUGCUUGCCUUAAAAACAGAAAAAUGAAUAAACAAACAAAAAAGGAUAUUUUUUUAUUCAUCUUUCUAUUCACCUCAGAAAGGCUUUUGAUACUUGGCUGCUCAAAAGUAAAGGCUCUUCUUCAGAAACCGAAUAUCCUAUCUCUAGCUACCUGAGCAUCAACUAGCCUUGCAACCUUAACUCAGCCCUCUUAGUCCAGGGAGGGUGAGCUUUUCUGUAGUCAAAAGCAACCUCCUGCAUCAUUCCAUGCUGAUCCCUGCCCUGUAGAUACAGGCAGGGCAGUAGGUAUCCUCUUGAACGGGAUUCCGUCUCCUUUGUGCAAAGCCUGAUUAAAUAGGCCUUGUGCACUGGAGCUCAUCGGAGUGUAGGAGAACAGAUGCCCAGGUUGCAGAGCACUAACUGAGCUGUUUUGACAGCUUGUACAUCUGUCUCUCCUUUUCUGUCCCUGCCCCAUCACCCUUAUGCUGCCUUGAAGAUUGCCCUUGCAACAUUUCUUGUCAGCCUCUUAUUCUCUCCCAUCCUUUGCAGUCAAAGAAGGGCUGAUUCUCUCCUUGCGUUCUGUCUUCUGUAGUUUCCCUGGUGUGGUACCACUGUGCAGGGACAGAGGGAGCUGGAUAAGCCUUACCACAGUGUGUUUCACCAGGGUGAUCCCUGCAUUGUGGUUACACAUUCCUCUUGCUGUAACUUAAAACAUGAUAUUUCCCACAGGCUGCAAUUAGUGGCAGAAAACCAGCUCCUUGUGAAAUAAGAGCUUGGGAAGUUAUCGGUACUGGUGUUUUCUACUGCUUUGAUCAACAAGGCAUUUUUCUCUGCUUUCGCAUGUCCCAGAAUCAGCAGUUGACCCCCUUCCUUAGGUUGCUGCUCCAGCUCAGCAAUCUGCUCCUCAUUUGGCAUUUCCAGUGGCUAUGUUCAUAUCCGCUGGAAGCGUCAAAACCUCUGUUUGCUCCAUGUGCCAUCUCCUUCUGUCCGUGUGGCCGCCUCCCUGGGCAAGCAUGCUGCAGCGUGUUGGUGUGUUAAUGCAUGCGGGAGAGCGUGUGUGGGAGCUGUGGGUCGUUGUGCUCACGGGCCGCUCUCUGCGUGGGGUUGAGUCAGGUUUUGAGAGAUGGCCUCAGUCUGCCCUGAACAGGGAGGCAUCUAGCCAGUCUGUUGCCUUUGCAAGAAUGCAAAGAUUGAACAUUGUCAUCCUGAGAUUUUCAAAGUGCUCCCAGGUAUAAAGUAGGGAGUGGGACUGCAGCAGCAGAUCUCUGAAGCAGGAGUAAAGGUAUUUAUUGCUGGGAGAAGCUGCUGAGACUUGCUUUGCCCCAAAACUCCUUUUUGGCCCUUUCCUAUGAGUGACCAAAGCUUGUCUCUCCCUUUUCAGCAUCACAUAACAAAGAGAAAACACGCCACCUUAUUAAUAUUGUUAGGGUUAAGGCCAAUCCAAACUCAAACCCUUAAGCAAGAGAAGCAGGGCCAAUCCUGAUUAUAUUUUUUUUUUAUGAGAGUCACUGCCUAAAUUGGCAUUCAAAAUACAUGUUGAAAAUGCAUCCCGGCAUAACCUUAUAUGGCAUAGAUGGGCUGGGGGGAAUGCUGUAUAGCUGUAGUACCACUUUACAGACCCUAUGAAUCUUGUUCUUAAGUUAAAUGAAAUACCAAACCCAAGAAAUAGGACUUCUGUGAAGCUCUCAUAUUGGCCAGUAGGUUAAUGACCUUUGCUGCUAGAAACAAAAUAUAAAUCAGUGUGUUCAUAUUUAUUUUACUGUGCUGACCACUAAUUGACUUGUUAAUAUUUAAGUCAUGAUACUAUAGGUUGUUUUUGUUUAAAUAGAAAACUCUACAUUGCACUUUGAUUUUGGAUCAGAACAGGUAUUUAUUAUAUUUGUGAGAAUGUUUUCCUGCCCAUAUAUGUACUGUUUUUUCUUCCUUGAUGCAAAAAACAAACAAACAAACAAAAAAAAAGCCCAACCAGUGAAUCUCCUUUGUUUCUUUCCAUGCCGAACAAAAUUGGGAUUUCCUUGUAGCUCUUAAAUGUCCAUUUCAACUUUUUUCACUAACGAUUCCUGUGGUAAAUUGGGACAAUAUUUUUAAAGACCCAUGAAUUUCAUACUACUUUUAAGCAUUUCUUUUAAGACAAGGAAGUAAACUGUAUGGAAGCUGUGUAUUUGUGAGGAGUGUGAAAGUGAUACUAUUUUGUUUGUAUUAGGCAUUAGCUGUUACUUUGCAUUCUGCACUAAUAAGUAAUUGUGUUAUAAUCUUGCCUAACAUUGGUCUCCUUGACUUUUUGCUUUUUUGGUGUACAUCAAAAGGAACCCUGAAAACUUCUGUGGAGUUGCUUAAGAUGGUCAUCAGUGUAACAAAAUGCAAAUUUUGUUUUAUCUGUAAAGCUUUUUGUCUUUUUUCUUUUCUAUAUGCCCAUUAUCAGGCAUUAGAAGGGAAAGCUAUUUCCAUAAGCACAGAUUCCUGUUUUGGCUUACUAAUGCAUGAAGUCCUUUUGCAACAUUGCUUAAGCAGCACUCUCACUAAUUAAUGGGGAUUUUGCCCAAGUCAGGAGUAAAUGAGAUAGCCUAGCUAAAUAUGUUAGCUAGGCCCAGGCAAAGCAGACUGCUAACAUUGGUCUCUUACUCCUGUUUUGGUUACAACACUCUUAUGGUUUUGCUUUUUGAAGAAUGUUUAUCUUGCUCUGUAAGGAUUUGGUCCUGCUCCAGCUAAAAUAGUUUAAAGUUCAUUGUCUUUAGUUGAUUAGGAACAAGCCUUUAAACCCUUCAGGAAUUUCAUACUGAUACUUUCUCAUAUAUGCUUCUUUUUUUCCUUUUUACAACUGUUUAUACAAGGAUGCUCUGGAUGAGAAGGACAUCUGUUACUAAUUAUAGGAAAAAAAAAAAAAGUCAAGGUUUCCAAAAGGAAUGAUCUUGUCUGGCAAAGUCCAUAUAGUCCCAGGAUUAACUGAGACUGAAGAAGUAUGGACCUGGUUUCUUUGAAGUUAGUGGCUAAGCUCCCAUUGUUUUGAGCUGGGCCAGCUUCUUUGCCAUCUGCAUAACAUUAGAAAUGAAAAUAAAGUCCACUUUCAUACAAAUGUGGUCAAACAAUAGCUUUGGGCAUUUCUCCUUUAAAAGAUGUAUCACAAUUCAAAUGUGUAUCUCUUUAUCUGAAGUAUCUGCAGGUAAAGGCAGGAGUGCUUUUUUCUUUUUUUUUUUAAAAUAAAUCUGACCUGAAAUAUUGUAUGUGAAUAUAUGAGUUUUUCAAUCUGUGUUUUGUGGGGGGAAAGAAGGACUUGAUUUAAUUUCCUUCUGCAUCUGUCCAGCAACAUCAUUUGCCAGAGCUUUGAAUGUACUUCAUCUAGAGCCUUCUUGUCAGGUUGGUUUUGUACAUUUGUCCUUCUUUUCUUUAUAUUGUACUGACCCCCCUGAGGGAAUAGUGAAUGAAAAUGAAUUUUUCUUCAGUAUAUAAUAAAUCAUCUUGCUCUUA